AUGCCUUCGCGCCUGGUGAUAGUAGGUGCAGCUGCCACUGUGCUCGUUGCCCUCGUGCUGCUUCACGUGGAUGACCUCUGGAGUGUUGGCUCGCCGCGUCACGGGGCCUUCUCGCCGUGCGAGUGGUUAACCGGCGUAUUCGCAGAUAACGCCCUUCUCGGGGCGCUCCACCGCAAAACUCUCUUUGUUGGCCUUCACUGGCGCGUCACCCCCGCAUACGCCACCGCCUUUCUCGAUCCCUGGCAGGCAAAGUACACCAACUGCAUUUCGAUACAUAAACUGGAGCUCCCUGACGCCCACAAUGACACCGCUGCAGUGGAGGUGGUGCGUCGGCGUCUCGAGGAGGACGUCGCGAGUGACACGUCUGAGGGGUGGGGGAUAAGAGAUGGCGGCCUGAUGGCGUCCAAGCAUCGACGCUGGGACCGCAGUCGUGCUCGGGCGUCUACCGCGGAGCCGAAAUGUCACGUGUGGAUUUUGCCAGAAACAACGAGGCUGCCGUUGGAGGUGUGGGUUGCACUGAGGGGACUUCUGCAGGAGGGCACACUUGCCGGCCUGCCUGUCCGUUUCUCCGCAAGCGACACUGCGUGGAGCAUGUACCAGCCGCUCGGUGUGUUGCUGUGGGCCGAUCCCGCUGAUCGUGAGGCACUGAAGCAUGUAGUACCGCCGCGUACAGUUGUAACGUUCACAACAAUCCGUCUGUGA